GUGGAGUCGGUUCCGGAGGAACUGUUAGAGAUCCCUAUGGAAGUGCAAGGUGAAUCUCCAGUCCCGGAUCUGAAGCCUGGUGAAUGUUCUGAGGAGUUGCCUGUAAACUCCCAAAUGAACUUCCCCUCUGCUGGAUCUACACUAGGUAGAACAUCUGCGCCAAGUUUGUCAGCUCCAACACCUGAGGAGCAUCUGAGGGAGUUACUGAUCAACCCCUCAGUAGGCUUCCAUCGUUCGGCGUUUGAACAGGGGUUCAUUGGAACGGGUAUUCCAUUUCAACCGACUGCUCCCGGGGCGGUGAGGCCACCUGCUGUCACGAGAGGGCUGGGUCACUACCUCCCUCACAGAAUGGCAGCGCCUACGAUUGCCCAACCCUCCCCGGAGAGGAAGCACAGGCUGAGUUUGGCAGACGGUUUCCCGGGUUUGGGAGCUGUUUCGCCCAAGCCUGCUGUGAAAACUGAGAUUGUCGAAUCCUUCCAGAGGGUGGAAGUGGUUCGUGUAAUCUCGGUUGAAGAACUCGAAGACUCCCAGACCCUUUCAGUGAGUCAGGUUGAGGCUGUCGAGCCAACGGUCACAGGAGUGCCCGAGGUUCCGGUGGACGCCGAGGAGGCAUUUGCUACAUCGGCGGAACCGUCGAGCCAAGAGGUUGAGUGGCAGGGAGAUGAUUCUCCUAUUGCUUCACCCUCUCCUGUCAGGUCAACACAGUCUGUUGAGACUGGAGUUAGUCGCGCGGGGCGACUUAGCCUAGCGCCGGUGGAGUUUGAGAAAGAUAGACUCCCACUUAUCAUCGACAGUCAUCUCCACCUGGAUAGGAUAGAGAAACGUCUGGGGAAGCGUGGGGCCAGUGCCCUUAGAGCUUGUCCAGGGCGGCUACCCUUGAAGCCGGUGCGAGUGACUGGAGGGAUACUGAAUUAUUGCGACCCCCAGCGGUGGGGAAGGAUUUGGUAUCCAGAGGAUCCCAGUUGGGGAGUUGCAGUCGGUAUCCAUCCCAAGAAGGCGGAUCAAGUGACGAUGGGGACUAUGAACAGAUUGCGGUCGUUAUUGGCCAGCCAGCGGAUUUGUGGUGUCUCUGAGCUGGGCCUGGACUUCUCCAUUCCAGACACGACAUGGCAGCAGCAGAUUAACAUGCUGAUCCAAAUUUUGGGGAUGCCAAUAGGCAAUAAGGUGUUGAUUUUACACCUCUGUGGGUCCUCUGGAGAUCCGUGUGCUACUGCUGUCAGUCGGGAUGUCCGCCGCUUGUUAGUCGAACAUUGUUCCCGCCAACAGAGGAUUCACCUCCAUUGCUGCACACUCAUUAAAGAGGAGCGCAGAGCGUGGUCUGAUGCAUUUCCCGAAGCGUACUUUGGCUUUACUGGGAAGGUGUGGAUGUUCACUGGUCCCCAGGAUGAGGCGCUGAGGGAUGUCCCUAUCAAAAGGCUGCUUCUGGAGACAGACGCUCCCUAUUUCAAGCCGGAGCGAUACAUGGCGGGAAACACGCCUAUGUAUCUAGGUGAGCUCGCCCAGGAGAUAGCUAUUAGACGAGGGGAGACUUUCGCGGAGGUGGUCGUUACGGCGAAUGACAAUGCCAGGAGACUGUACGAUUUGCAGGAAUAGCAGUCGUCUGAAUUUAGAGGCUGGCAUCACAAGGAGAAGUGUAAGGUGAACGUUUUACCUGACUCCUGGUGUGAUGCUGAGCAGUAUGCCUUGAGCUUCUUCUGUCUCCUGGUUGUGUACUUAUGAGAUGAGAUGCAUCCUUUUGUAUGCUAUUUGGAUGUUAGCUGUGUUAGCUGACCUGGAUACGUAGUGUUCUAGAUUAUGAGCGGCGCUGGCUUUUAGUAGCUGCAUGCCCUCACUAGAUGCUGUGCCAGAAGUGGAUGAUUUGAAAGUAAUUUGAGUAUAUACCCUGGGGAACCGGGUAUUAUAUUUCAUGUUUCGCUUCUGUCUUCUCUGACUGUGGCAGUGGCUGGCAAGAAGAGUUCUUCUCUGCCAAGGUCACGAUAGUCAAGGAGGAUAUUUCUUGAGGUACGGUUGGCAGCUGGAUUGUGCAGCCGUACGAUGGACAUGUUCGAGAUUGGUUCGCGAGGAAUGUUCUUUCCAAUAAAAAGAAAAAAAAAAUUGUCAUGGAUACCCGAAUGUGUAUGUUAUGAUCUCCGAGCACUGCAGUUGCUAAAGGCUGGUAGCCCUGCUUUGGUGGUGUGGUACCGAAUUGCUAAUAGCAUUGCUCUGAGCUUGUUAUAGGCUAGGGUUCUCUAUGGAAGGAAUAGCUGUAAGCGACUAGUCUCUCUAGUGUCCGAUCAUGCUAGAAUGAAGUGUGUAAGUCUGAA